AAAAGAGAUUGUGCGGGAUUGAAAAAACAAAACCCAGCACCAGAAAACCCCCAAAUCAAUUGGGCGGUGACGCAAAACCCAGCCACUCAACCCUUGCAGCGCCGGCGUAAUCGCUUAUACCCUCACCGUCGACCACCGGCCUGCUCUUUCAUCUCUGUUCGUCAGCGGGACCAGCACCUCAGCCAGCCACCAGCACGAAGCAGAGUAACCACGAAGCAUCCCACGCAACACUUGCGUGAUCCCGCGCGCUUUCCUUGCUUGUGCAGCCUUGCUCGACAACCCAGAACCUCUCGCCCUCCCUCGCAGCAGGCCACAUACGCCAAAACUACCGCCGCAACACUUGCUUACCCGUUUCCCCCACUCGAUUCGUGCAACAAUUUGCGUGGAUUUGCAUGUAAAGGUUGAGUGAGAGACAAUAUGGGAAAAGAUUCAAAGAACAACAGACAACCUUCUCACUUGCUCUUAAAAGAUCAAGCAAAGAAUCGGAUUGAGGAUCUUCAGUCAGUGAUCAAUGAAAUUCAGGUUGCCAGGAAGGAGAGUCGGGCUGGUGACGUUGUUACACUGGAAGAGCAAGUUAACCAAAUACUUCGUGAAUGGAAAGAUGAUCUUGAAAAAUCAACCCCAGCUUCUUCGUUGAAUGAAGACAGUCUUGGGUCAUUUUCUAAAGAACUUGGUCAGCUGUUGCAGCAGUUUGAUGUAGAAGAUGAUGCAACAAGUCCAUUAACAGUACCACAUAACAUGAGGCAUGGUGAUGCCACCGGCGCUUUUGCGGUGUCAAACUCUGGAAGAGACGAAGAGGUCUGCUACUUGAAUUUUACACCUCAGCAACAAAAUUUUCAAGGUUUUCAGGAUCAUACACCUCAGCAGCAUGAAUUCCAAGGUUUUCAGAGUCAUAUACCACAACAUGAGUUUCCUGGCUUUGACAGUCAUCCACCUCAGCAUCAUGAACUUCCAGGUUUUGAGAAUCAUAAGCCAGAGUCUCAGGACUAUCAAGGUUUUGAGAAUUGCAAUGGUGUUGCGACUACUGUGCAAGGUAGUAUGAUCAAUAACUUUGAACCUUCAGAUGUACACAACAUGGUGCCUAAUAACUUUAGUAUGAUGACUCAACUGGAUUUCCUCCCCUUGGAUGAACACCAGAACCUUGACAGUGAGAUAUUUAUCAGUUCGAGUGGUAUUGAGAAUUGGGGAAUGGAUGUAUUUUCUGAUUUCUCGUCAAAUGUCAACCCUCCACCAUCCGCAUUCUUAGGACCAAAAUGCGCCCUAUGGGAUUGUGUAAGACCUGCUAAGUCAACAGAAAUUUGUAGAAACUAUUGCAGUGGAUUUCAUGCGGAGUUAGCAGUAAAGGAAUGCCCUCCAGGAAGUUGUCCUAUUCUGAGGCCUGGAGGUAUUGGUUUGAAAGAUGGUCCACUUUUUGUAGCACUCAAGUCAAAGCUGGAGGGAAAAGAUGUGGGCAUCCCAGAAUGUCUUGGUGCUGCUUCUGCAAAAUCUCCAUGGAAUACUCCUGAACUAUUUGAUAUUUCCAUAUCAGAAGGUGAAAAGAUAAGGGAAUGGCUGUUUUUUGAUAAACCUAGAAAAGCAUUUGAGACUGGAAACAGAAAGCAGAGGUCGUUGCCAGACCAUGAGGGGCGUGGUUGGCAUGAGUCAAGGAAGCAAAAUGCAAAUGAAUAUAAUGGGCAGAAGAGGUCUUACUAUGCUGAUCCCCAGCCACAAAAGGAGUUAGAAUGGCAUUUGUUUGAGUACGAGAUUAAUAAGUGUAAUACAAUUGCAUUGUACCGUUUAGAACUAAAAGUAGCAGAGGAGAAGAAGAGUCCAAAGACAAAAGUAACAACAAAUGAUCCCCUUGGUGAUCUACAAAAGCAGAUGGGUAGGCUUACAGCUCAAGGAUCGGCUGAGAACAAGCGCUCUGGGAAGGGCAAGGCAAAGGUCAAUGUGAACUCAGACCAUGGAAAUGGAAAUGGAAAUGGAAAAGGUGAAAGACAUUUCACUGACAAUGAGUGAAGGACUAUUGAAAGGAUAUACUACUUGGUAUUAUCUUAAAUAUUAACGAAUUUACUGACACUAUUGUAAUUUUUAUCAAUAUAGAGAUAGAGAUGUAGUUAGGACUAA